UCGGAGACGGGUGUUGAAUUUUGCUGACGUCACGGUCGGAGCUGUCUAAUGCUUUGUUUGUAAUGUGGAAGUUGGAGUAGAGUACUUUGUUGUCCACCGAGAGAAUCUACGGUCAACCGUUUCGUCUUUUCGUUGGUCUGUAGCUCGAGCAACCCUUUACAUUGAAAUACCUUGAAGGCAAAUCUACCUAAAUGUUGACACUGGAGGUGACGUAAGUCAUUUCGGAUUCGCGUAGCAGCAAUUUACAACUUCGGUUUGGAUCGACUUGUUGCUGUUUACCCUGUAAUACGAAUCAAAAAGUUUUUAUUGCUACACGUAGCUUAUGCCUAAGGAGUUUUAAUGCGUCCUGAGUCAACUCCGACCUGAAUUUGAAGGUUGAACCUGACUCGUCCUAUCCAAUGACUACAAUUAAUUGUAGCAGUAAUGAGGAGCUGGACUUCGGACUUACUUUCGGGGUAGACACGCAACAACAUUUGCUAGGCCCCGCAGGUGGAGAACCUGAUGACAGCACACCUUACUACACCCAAGUUUUGGCCAACCAACCUACCGGUCAACAUCCUUCUCCACCUACUUUCCAAGACCCCAGUAGCAUCCACCGGCAGCAACCUAGUUAUGAAGUCCACAGUUUCCAAUACAGUUCCUUGGGGCACCCCAAGGCAUUCGACUGCCCAAGCAUACAGAUUACCUCCAUAGCCCCUAACAAUCACCAGGAGGCGGGAAGCUGUCACAAUGCAGUGCCAGCCAGGGGGCCGGAGGGUGAAGGCCCUGGCCCUGACAGGUCCUGGUCCAGGGACCACCUGUACCUGCCUCUGGAGCCUGGCUACCGAGACGCCACCCUGAGCCCCAGUCCCUGCAGCAGCCUGUCCUCCCGCAGCUGGCUGUCCGACCUCUCCUCCUGCGAGUCUUUCUCCCACAUCUACGACGACGUGGAGGCUGAGCUGAACGAGGCGGCAGCCGGGGUCACUCUGGGGUCGCCGUUAGCCUCUCCUCUCCCCUCUCCCGGCUGCGGAGGCGGGGCGUUCGGCGUGGAGAUCUGGCAGCUGCAGUACCAACACCCUCUCCUCUCGUCGUACCAGUCCCCGCGCCAGUCGCCCUGCGCUUCCCCGCGCCACUCCCCUCGCACCAGCGUCACGGACGAGAACUGGCUCAACCCUCGCCCGCCCUCCCGGUCAUCCUCCAGGCCCACGUCGCCCUGUGGGAAGAGACGGCACUCCAGCGCUGACAUCUGCGCCCGCUCCCCCUCCCCGCACCACUCUCCAAGCCCCACCCCGGGACACUCCCCGCGGGGCAGCGUGACGGAGGACACCUGGGGAGGCAGCCCUGCCGCUGCCCUGAUGGACGUGGAUGUUCCCUCCAAGACCCGGAGGACCUCCAGGGCCCACAUGGUUCUCCUGGCUGGUCAGGGGGACUCUGGGCUGGAUGACCCAGGAAUAGGGCUGCCUCAGCUGGACUCAUCUGUGGAGGAAUGUGUGGCUGGUCUAAACCAGGAUGGUCUGGCCGAGUUGUUCCUCGCAGUGCCCUCACACUUCACCUGGAACAAACCCAAGCAGGGCAACUCUCCACUUUUCAGGCUGUCAUCUCCACCCUCUCUCGACUGCCCCCUCCCCAGCCAGGACGGCCAGUAUGAGCUGAAGAUCGAGGUGCAGCCCAAGGCUCACCACAGGGCCCACUACGAGACGGAGGGCAGCAGGGGAGCCGUCAAGGCCACCUCUGGGGGACACCCUGUCGUCAAGCUUCUUGGCUACAGUGAGACACCAGUCAACCUACAGGUGUUCAUCGGGACGGCAGACGAUCGUUUUUUGAGACCACAUGCCUUCUACCAGGUGCAUCGGGUAACUGGGAAAACUGUCUCUACUGCCUGCCAGGAAAACAUUAUAACCAGCACCAAAGUUCUUGAAAUACCUCUUCUCCCAGAAAACAGUAUGUCCAACAGCAUUGACUGUGCGGGAAUCUUGAAGUUGAGGAAUUCGGACAUCGAACUCAGGAAAGGAGAGACAGACAUCGGCCGCAAAAACACUCGCGUGAGGAUGGCCUUCCGCGUGCACAUCCCCCAGUCUGGAGGGAGACUCCUGUGUCUGCAGGCCGCCUCGGUUCCUAUAGAAUGCUCCCAGCGGUCGGCCCAGGAGCUGCCCCAGGUCGACAGCUUUAGUCCAGCCAGCUGCUCUGUGAAUGGAGGCGAGGAGCUGGUCAUCACAGGCUCAAACAUCUCCCCAGAGUCCAAGGUCAUCUUUGUGGAGAAAGGCCCUGAUGGUCGCACACAGUGGGAAGUUGAUGCAAAUGUGAUACAAGAGAAAAGUAACAGUUCCAGCAUUGUGGUGGACAUCCCUGCUUACCACAGUAAGACCGUAACCUCGACAGUCCAGGUGCAGUUCUACGUGUCAAACGGAAAGAGGAAAAGGAGCCAAACUCAGGGCUUCACGUACCUCGGUGCUGCAACACACCACUACCCUGCUGUCGUCGACAGCACCAUCGUCACAAAGCACAUGAAGCAGGAACACAGUGACUUUGACUACGUUCCCCACAAUCCCUCCACCUGUUAUCCAAUCAGCACGCAGCUGCGCCCUACUGACCAAGAUUUUCCUCAGGACACGCCCUUUUAUGGGUCUCCUGGAGACCCAGUGCCUUGUGGGCGUCCUCCCCAGGCAGGGUGCUAUUCCCUGGGGUCCUCUCCUCAGCAACCCUCCCCUCACCUCCAUGGCUAUCUCACUAAUAUGGGACACCAGCGGAUAAGCCCUAGGCAGGCCGUCAAUCCCAAACCAGCCUCCCUGACUAGGCCGUCAUACAACCCCACACCAUAUAGUGUUCCGUACAGUAACCAACCCUGCUCUGUCAUGGCUUCCUGUGGACGUCAGUUCCAUCCACAGAUACAAGCGCAGGCCACAGUGGCUGCCUCCGUGUCCUCGCGGAGAGAGGGCAUGACAUACCAGAGUGCCACACAGCCCCAGCUAGCUAGCUCCAGUCCCCAACCAGCCAGCCAAGCCAGGGCCCACGCCCCAGCCAGCCAAGCCAGGGCCCACGCCCCAGCCAGCCAAGCCAGGGCCCAAGCCCCAGCCCAGGGGUACUCUCACAGUUACCACUGCUCACACACAGGGUCCAACCAGGCAGAAGCCUUGCACCACACUCUGAAAUACCAUCCCACCAGAGACGGGUCCUCCUCCUACUCUCCCGCCCCUGCAGCGCCAGCCUGCUCCAUCCCCCCGUCAGCCUCCCCCGGGGGGUCCCCCAGACGCCAGGCACCCUCCCUGGGCCCCAGCAGAACCAGCCUGGCCUCAGACCUCCAGAAGACCCUGAGCCAUGCCCCCCACUCUCUGUUCUCCAACUCAGGGGACAGGGUGAGCGUCAAGCAGGAACCGGAGGACAAGCUUCAUGAGAUCACACUGGAUGACGUGAACGAGAUUAUCGACAGAGACAUAUCUGAGAUUGGCGGCGUUGCAGACGCUGUCCUGGCAGGACAGGAUCGUUUCGGCUGGGAUCAAACCUCCGGUGAAACCCCUCUACAGUUCUGUGGCCUUCAUUAGCUCUCACCCCUGCUCAGGUGAUAACUGGUGCUGUGUAUUUGGCAGUUAAAUAUGCAUUUGAGUUAAGUAGCUUAUUUUAAAUAGUCAUUGUCAUUUUUAUGGCAAGGAUACAGUGCCUCAACUAGUACUUAGCUAACAGCCUGUCAUACUCACCCUGUUGUGAGGUGAUGCCCAUGGGCUUGCUUAUUUAGCACUGCCUCAGGAUUUUAUUACAAUAUUGUUUUGCUGUAAAGAUGUUUUAUACCAAAGAUUUCUUGUUUGAAGAGGUACAAUAUGGAAAUACAUUUAAUUACAAUAAAAUGUCUGUAGGAUUGUUUGCAGCUGCAAUAAUUUAACCUAAUUGGAAAGCCUUUCAUUGGCUAAAUAAUUUAAAUGCUGUGUUCAUGUAUUAUUUAUUGGCAAAUACGUUAACUAUAAAUCUAUUUUUGAUACUCUUGGUCUUGCAUAUAUAGUAAACAGAUUAUUGGAAUGACAUUUCACACUAUGUAAAAUUCCUACUUCCAGAUUUUACUUUCUAAAGAAUGCAGCUUGCACUGUUUGCGUUGAAAUGAAGCAGCCAUCUUACAUUCUACAGUUGUACUUUUGAGACUGAAGUUCUAUUAAAGAAAACGAAUGAAACCUAUCAGUGUGUAUUAUCA